AUGUGCCUUGCAACAUUAACAAUCUCUAAUGACAAUGGCCGAGACUCACCACCAGAACCAGCGCCACCUGAAGUUCCGCCACGUGGUCCUUCUUUACUAGCGACUCAUACAAUUCGCGCCGUGCAGAACAGAAAUGGAUGUGCAGGAAAUACUAACUUUGCAUCGGAUGACGCUCAAUCUGAAGCUUAUUCGGAUACAUUUGGUGAUACGAGUAUGAAGCAUUAA